AUGGGUGGUGUAGGGAGGACUAGAUGCUCGGGACCUGCCUGGGGUGGGCUGCCUGGGUGCGGGGGGCGUCGCGUGGAAAUGGGUGUAGGGAACGGUAGCACGACUAUAUAUUCGACAUCUCACGGCAGGGGUGGGUUGGGCGGCGCGGGGUGGGCUAUCAGCGUGGGGCGGAGCCACGCCGCGUACACACGCGCCAAGUUAUCGGCGAAGGGACAUGGGGACGUGGGGGAGCGUGCACCAAAGAGUGCAGGCGGUAUCCAGCAAGAUUUCAGUGUAGAGGAAGAGACCAUGGCAGUCGUCGUAACACCCACCGAUGUGAAGGUUGUACUGGAAGAAUGUUCUGAGGUGGUGAGAGCAGGAGCAGAGGUGACUUUAGCCUGUGGUGAGGUCCAGCUGCUGCAGACUCAGUGCAAAAAGACCAUUUGGGUCAAGGCUGAAAAAACUGCAGUGUUCAGACUGAAGAUGGAGGAAACUAUCACUGUCAACAGUACGAGGUCUCAUCCUGAACCUGAGUCUCAGUCCUUGGCCAGACCUCCGGUCGCCAUAGUUACGAGGAGCAACUCUGGAGCAAGAGUCCCAAUGAACAGGUCUCAUCCUGAACCUGAGUCUCAGUCCUUGGCCAGACCUCCGGUCGCCAUAGUUACAAGGAGCAACUCUGGAGCAAGAGUCCCAAUGAACAGAUUUAAACUUCAAGCCGAGCCGGUUCCAGAAGACGAUUUCAAACACAAAAGUUUCCCUCUUCACAAUAAGAGCAUGAGACCAUCAGUGACCAGCAGUCUCCCCCCUGGACUCCCCUCUGGUCUCCCCCCUGGACUCCCCUCUGGACUCCCCUCUGGUCUCCCCCCUGGACUCCCCUCUGGACUCCCCUCGGCUCCUCGCUUCUCAGGGGGCGCUGCAGCUGCAGAGAGACCCGCUCCAAAACAGGACCUGGACUCUCUGUGGUACGUGGGGAAAGUGACUCGAGCUGAAGCUGAAGCGACUCUGCAGCGACUGGGGAAGGACGGGGCCUUCGUGGUCCGGGACAGCUCCAGGCUCUCUGCUCAUCAGCCCUUCACUCUCAUGGUCCAGUUCCAACACAAAGUCUACAACAUCCAGAUCCAGAGACCGGACCACAAGUACCUGCUGGGGACCGGGCUCAAAGUGCAGGAGUCCUUCUCCACGGUCCGGGACAUGGUGGACCACUUCUCUCAGUCUCCUCUGAUCCUCAUCGACUCCAAGAACCGAGACUCAAGUCUCCACAGCCAGUGUCUGCUGUCUGUCCCCGCCGGACCGUACAUGGACCGGUUCUGA